UUUUUCCAUAGCUGAAUAAUCAUUUCCUUUUUUCAGAUAGACUGUAAAGUUAUACUGGAAAUGGAUGACAGAGAAUUAUCUAAAUUUAUUCCAAGGUAUGGAGAUCGUGUGCUUGUUCGCAGUUUUCUUCGAAAACAGAAUUCGCCAAAAACAAGAAACCCUAAAAGAAAGUCGAAGGGUUGUAUUGUAUCAUCUUUAAAGCAAACACUUAAAGCAAUGAAAAAUAAGAACAAAAAAAAAAAGGUAGUUCAGACUCAGAAUCGGAAGAUACAAGUAAUAGAUACACUGGUAACCAAAAUGCUCUUAAAGAAAGAUAAGACUGGACAGUUCACUAAAAUCUGGACACAAAAAGGUGGUGGGCCUAGAAAGUUGCCAAUUAACAAGUCUGCCAAGAAAGAUGAAAUUAUAAAACUUGGAAAACAAAUCUACUUUGGAAAAGAUGGCAUUUCUAAACUUGGGAAGUAG